AUGCAGAGGCUUCACGCCGAGCAGUACAAGUGUUUGUGCAAAGAAAGGGCGUGGUUACGAAGGAGCCAUAUAACUGAAGCAGCCUGUAUUCACUGGAGUUUGGAGGAAGAAGUCUACCAUCUGAAUCACCAAAAUCUUGUUGAGGGACUGGUCCUUAUCAACAUUGACCCGUGUGCUAAGGGCUGGAUGGACUGGGCUGCAUCGAAGCUUUCAGGAUGGACUACUAACCUGGAUGAUAUUGUACUGGCUCAUCACUUCAGUAGCGAGGAGCUGGAAACAAACUUGGAAUUGAUCCAGACCUAUCGGCUGCAUAUUUCCCAGGACAUCAACCAGGAGAACCUUCACCUCUUUGUCAACUCAUACAACAGUCGUCGAGAUCUGGAGAUUGAACGACCCAUUCUUGGUGUCAAUGAAACAACUGUUAAAACGCUUCAGUGUCCUGCUUUGCUGGUUGUUGGUGAUACCUCUCCUGCAGUGGAGGCAGUGGUGGUGGUGGGAGGCUUAUUGUCUGCUCACAUACUCUCCAAAGAAGGUGGAAUCCAGGUAGAGCCAGGAUGGCCCUGUUCUGGACCUUUGCUCAGAUUGGCGGAAGAAGCUGCUCGCAGGCUACUGCCAGCUUUCCAGACUUCAACGGGAAUGCCUUAUGGAACAGUAAACCUCAUGAACGGAGUUAAUCCCACUGAGACCCCAGUCACUUGCACUGCCGGUAUUGGCACCUUCAUUCUGGAAUUUGCCACUCUCAGCCACCUGACUGGUGACCCUGUAUUUGAGGAAGUGGCAAGGAAAGCGCUGGAUGCACUGUGGAACAGCCGCUCGGACAUUGGCCUCGUUGGAAACCAUAUUGAUGUGGAAACGUCAAAGUGGGUGGCCCAGGAUGCUGGAAUAGGUGCAGGGAUUGACUCUUACUUUGAGUAUCUGGUGAAAGGAGCCAUCCUAUUGCAAGACGAGAAGUUGAUGUCUUCCUUCCUUGACUAUGAAAAAGUUAUUAAGAAUUACACAAAGUUUGAUGACUGGUAUGUGUGGGUUCAAAUGUACAAAGGUACCGUCUCCAUGCCUGUCUUCCAGUCUCUGGAUGCUUUCUGGCCAGGACUCCAGAGCCUCAUUGGUGACAUUAACAACGCCAUGAAAACAUUCCAUAACUAUUACCAGGUCUGGAAACAAUAUGGCGGCCUCCCUGAGUUCUACAGCAUCCCUCAGGGUUCAACUGUGGACAAGCGAGAGGGAUACCCACUGCGACCAGAGCUGGUGGAGAGUGCUAUGUAUCUAUAUCGAGCAACUGGAGAUCCAACUCUGCUGGAGAUGGGCAGGGAUGUUAUCGAGGCCAUUGAGAAGAUCAGCCGUGUGGAUUGUGGUUUCGCUACAGUGCGGGACUUGCGGGAUCACAAGCUGGACAAUCGUAUGGAAUCGUUUUUCCUGGCGGAAACGGUGAAGUACCUCUACCUGCUGUUCGACCCCGACAACUUCCUGCACAACGAUGGCUCCACCUUCCGCACCGUCACCACGCCCUACGGUGAAUGCAUCCUCGGAGCUGGCGGCUACCUGUUCAACACAGAGGCACACCCCAUCGACCCUGCAGCCUUGCACUGCUGUAGCCAACACAAGGAGGAAAGGUGGGAGGUCGAGGGGCUCAUGCAAGACUUCCGGGCCACGCAUUAUGCCAGGAUGGGACUGCAUGCAGCCGGUGCUUCAGAUCAAACUCCUCAGUACAACCAGAAGAUACGGGCCACCCAUGGUGGCAAGAACACAAACAAGAGGAGAAAUAACAAAAGAAUUCCAAUGCUGAGCUGCCCCCACCAGCAUUUUAGCUGGAAACUUGCGGUAUUAGGUCAAGUGUUUGCAGACUCCUCCUGAUGUGAACACCUUAUGUUCUAAAGGGACUUUAUUUAUGAAAUACUGAGGAAUAAAAUUUGAUGUUUUUCACAGGAA